ACCCUGCCCAUGAGGAAUCUCCCAACUCAUCCCUGCUCUCAUCCUUUCUCUGGUUACGGCGUUCAAUGGCGUUUCUUAUCGAAUAUUCUCAUGUGAAGUAUUACACAUUUUCAUCCUAGUAAAAGUUACAAAAUCGACCCCUUUAGCAUUAACGUGUUGCGACGAGUUUUGAGUGGUUUUCACUGUCAGUGUUUCUGCGGUAAUAUCCAAAGUAGUAUUGAAGUUUCAAAAGUAAGAAUGAAUGUGACAGAGCAUCAGAAGACGAUUUUAUUAAAUUUCAUGAAGAGUCAUCCAGAUUUUGGUAAUGGGAGGAUGCGAUAUAAUUCACAUAACAAAAGAAAAAUGGAUGAAAUGUGGACUAACAUAACACAAUUAUUGAACACGUCAGGAUAUGGUCCAAAAAAGUCUGAGAAAGAAUGGGCAAAGACGUGGAGAGACUGGAAGUCCAAUGUUCUAAAAAAAGUUCUAAAAAGAAGACAUGUGGCAGGCAUUGGUGGCGGAUCACCAUUAAAAUUAAGUUUGACCAGCAUUGAAAAUAAUUUGCUGGAAUUCCUUGCACCUGAUGUAGCAGGUUUGACAGGAGUUAUAGAAGGAGGGCUUGGUAACGUUGGUCCCUCCCCUUUGAGAUUUUCAGAUUUCCCAAUGGAUAAACAAUGGAUUGAGAAUACCCCAAAUUCAUCAAAAGGAGUAGAAAUCUCAGAACAAAGUGAGGUUCUCAGUAACACUGCAAAUUCAACAAUGAAAAAUAAAUCUUAUGGUGGAUUUUUGUAUGAAGAAAAGACAACUACAUCGGACAAAGAAACAUUUGGGAGAGGCGAUGAAAGUCCAGCUCACAUGGAACCAUUAUGUGAUCUUAAAGACGGCGAGAAUAUUCAGUCAACGUCUACGCCAAAAAAUCAAAUAACGUCGAAACGUCUAUGUGUUGAUGAAGGAGAAAACCGUAAUACAACAAAUAAAAAGAGAGCCCUGAUGGAAGUAUUCAAUUUCCAAAAUAAAGUUUUGCUUCUUAAAAAAGAAAAAUUGGCUCUUGCCAGAGAGAAACUAGCUUUCAAAAAACAAAGCCACAAGGAAUUGAUGAAUCAAGUAAAAAUAAUGACUAGCGCAAUAGUAUCAUUGCAAAGAACCAUUGAAGAAAUGGGGCCUCAAUAUUUAGAAAUGUAAAAUUAAA